AUGGCACUGCUCGUCGUGGUGGCUGCUGUGGGCUUGGGGGUGGCACUGGGACUCCUGCCACGGGCACCAGUGAACCGCUUCUGCACAGACCCCAGUAACCGGACAGGCUUCUUGUGUGAUGACAGAGUGACCUGCAUCCCAUCCAGUUGGGUCUGUGACAGAGUCAGCAACUGCAGGAAUGGAGAGGAUGAGCAGGAGAAGCUCUGUGGUGACUUGCCCCACAGCCUCCCAGGAUACCUGGUUUUCCUCUGCAGUAACCCCAGAUUCUGGAUCUAUGCCGAUCAGAGGUGUAACGGGAUGAACGACUGCGGAGACUGCUCUGACGAGUCGGGGAGCUUGGCCUCCUGUCCCCCAUGUGGGUGGGAGUGGUGGAGCUGCAUCCCUGUGCGCUACGAGUACUGCUCCUGCAUCCCCAGGAGGCUGUGCCGGGAUGGCAUCCAGGACUGCCUUGGCUGGUCGGACGAGUACGUCUGCAGGCCAUGAAGUCCUGGCACCCCUCAGUGCUGGAGACAGCAGGGUGCUUCCCACACUGUCACCUCUGAGCCUUGCUGUCCUCCUGCUCCGCCACCCACUUGGGAAGUUCCAAUCAAAGCAAAUCCUCAGGAGCAGCACAGUGACACUGAACAGGGACCAAGGGCACACGGCAGCCCAUGCUGCAGGCUGGGUACUGACUAUGGGACACCUCCAAGGAUUCUCCUGUCAUGUGAAGAUGAGCACUUUCUACAUGGGCUUCUACUGCCUUGCACUCGAUGCUGUGCAGCUCCUGGGACUCUUCAUUGGCUGCUGCCAGCACAGACAUUGUGUCUGGGCAGCCCUGGGCCAGGGGUUUCUCCUGUAUGGACAUGCUGCUGCCUCUGCAGGCACAGGCAGGAGGAGAAGCUUCUAUUUGCAUUCAAAACACAUCUGCAGAUGUUUUCAGCGGUGGCUUUGAGGUCCAUGUGUUGGUGCUCCUGGGACACUUCCUUGGGAAUGCUGUGCUGAGGAUGAUACCCUGGGGAGCUGCUGCUCAGGCCACCUCCUGCUCUCUUCUUAAACCAUGAAAGCCAAUGUGGAGAGCAUAAUGGCAGGGAAAACUGAGGUGAAGAGGUUUCAGGGUUUUUGGGGAUAAAUCACUGUCCCUGUGCCCAUGUAGCUGUCCCUGCAAGCCAGGAAAGGGAACCAGCAUGUGGAUAAACUUCUCUCAGGGCUGUGCAGUUUUGGAGCAGCAGCAUAGCAGGUUGAGAACAGCCAUGGAGUUGGGAUAUGUUUCACCAAAAUUGACAAAGAAGGGAGGAAAAAGAAGUCACAGCCUCAGAGAAGAGAGUGGCAGAAAACCAAGUGCUGCUCCCAAGGCGGUGUGGGAUGACACCAGAUCCGAUUGCUCCUUGUUUUGUUCCGCUGCCAGCACUGCAGGAUCAGGCAGCCAAGCCUUCACAGCAGGCCUCAGGAUAUAGGUAUGGGCAUGACACUGAAAUUUAAGAAAAAUGUGGUCUUCUCCGCUCCUUUGAAAAUCUCAUCUGUCUCUAAAACAUCGUCUCUGAGAAAAACCCACAUUUACAGUGAGUGCACUUUCUUAGGCCCAAAAUAAACAUCAGGCAAUCUUUUUCCCAUCACCCCCCUAGGUCACAGAUAUUUAAAAAUAAAACCCUGUUCACUCAUUUCCUCUCUGUCCUGUGAUCUGCAACUCUGCAUGUCACCAUAACUCAGAUCAAUGGUGAAAGUUGCUUCUCAUUUGUCGCUGGGAUAAAGCUGGAGAUCUGAGAGAUCUUUUAUAAAUAGCUUUACAGUAUUGUGACUCAUACUUAACCUGGAAUGAGAUGGCAAAACUCUGCAUGGGGAGAUUUUAAAGCUCUAUUUACUAACCUGUCCCUCUCCAGACCUGGCCAGGGUGGAGGGCUUGUUUCCUCUGUGCCUGUAAAAUGUUACCCCAGGGCCUUCAGUGCUGUGGCUCCGAAGAGAGGUUUGGAGCUUCCAGCCUCAAUCAAAGCCUGCAAUGGAGGUGCACAUAUUUACUGGAGAGUCACAAACACCUAAUGCCUCAAGAAGCCUGGGCUGGGGUUGGUAAAUUAAGUUGGGCUUAUUGUAGUUGCUGUUGUUCCCUGUUACCCCAAAGUAUGUUCUGAAGCAACCACUGGGGAAGCCUUGCAGCAUCUCUUAAGGAGAGCUCAAGGAGGGGUGAUUCAGAGGCAGCACUACAGGGACAGCAUCUUCUUCUCAGGGAAGAGGAGCUUCUUUCCCAGGAGGGAGAGAAAAAUCUCACCCCUAAUGAGGGGAACUGUAUAUGGAUAGCGGAACAACUGUAGUUAUUAAGGAUUGAACUAACCAGCUGUUAAAAAAAAAUACAGGAAACCUUAUGCUCAGCUGGUAAAAAAAAUUGUGCCUCUCUCCAUGGUCAGAUUAGCAGAUCUCCAGUGGUGAGAGGGCUGGCCAAAAAUUCCAUGGUGGCCAUUGUACCAGAGGCAGCUUCAGGAGGAGGAUUGCACUUGAGCACCACAGCCACCUUCCUCCCCCCUGCUUUGAGUCACAGUCUGUGCCGUUGCUUGUCUCAGCAGAGCACUGAUGUAGCCGUCAGUGGGAGCUAUUAAUAGCCUUGAAUUUCUGUGAAGAAAAAAGUAGGGUUUGAAUGCAAGUAUGCCUGUUUCAUUUGUGUGUAGUCCUUUCUGUGUAUAUAAUCACUUUUUGAGGAAAAUUCAGCAAUAAUAACAAAGAGAGAAAGGGGUUUUGCUCUUUACGUAUUUUUGAGGCGAAGUUCCUUUUCUUGGCCUCUUCAUGAUUUCCAAGGAUGUGCUGAUUUUUUGUUGUUGAAUUAUGGUAAACAACAGUGUAAAAGUAAGAUAUCCCCUAAAUAGGCACUAGUAGAGGAAACCUGGAGUGAGUUCUUGUCCUUGUAAGGCCUAAGAGCACAAUGAUGGUUGCAGUGCCCAACUCACAGGCACUGUGCACCUCAUCCAGUUUUGACAGAAACACUCAGGGCAGGAAUUUAAUGAUAAACACAGUUACCUGUGGCAUUACAGCUGUACAGACCAACACAGAAUGGGUCUAAGUAUCUAGGGGGUUUACAGCUAAUAUGUAUAAUUCAUAUUGGAAUUAUAAAUGUCCCUGAAUGUUUUCAGAUGAAGAAGUAUGGUUAGUGGAUUGCAGGCACACUGCAUGUGUUUUAAACCACAGAACGUUCCCAAAUACAGUGAAUUUGGUUGUAAGAGAGAAUAUAUUACAACUUCAAGGCCUAAUCUCUACAGUUCCAGCUUUCAUUUCCUGGGCUAAUAUGAGAAAGGAAGAGGACUUCUGUUGUACUUUGGGCUUCUGCAGUAACUGUUAUCAAGGGGUUACAGCCUCUGACCCCUCUGCAGAGGCCUGUGCUUACCCUCUCUGUUCCCUCCCUCUGUCACAGCUCCACCAGCACAGCCUGGUGCUUUCAGGCUGAGGUUUCCGUUCUAGAAGCAGUAU